UCUGCUAAAUAGUCUCUGUCAUCACCCAACUGCUCAAACACACUGGAUCAAAAAAACAACAGCGUUCAACAUUUCACACCAAAUCUGAGGUGUGGUCUCGGCGUCUGUUUGGGUACUGUAUUUGAAAUGAUCUCGUUUUAACUCUGUUUUUAAGCCGUCAGGGAGUGGAUCUGUCUCGGACGCCAUCUUUAGCAGCAGCAGCCCGGGAGGGUGAAGAUCUGCUGGGUAGCACCGGGCUGGAGGAGUUUCUGCUCCGGACACUCAUGCUUGACAGCGACCGAUAAGUUGUUUUGGUACUGAUUCGGGGUAGACAGGCGUAUUUCUGUCUUUGUUGUUAUUGUGGUCGGAGGAGUUUGCUCGGGCUGGCUGCUCAUCCUGGCCUGUUGGGAGGGUACUGGUCCGUAUGAGGCCGCUGUCUUGCAGAUGAGCCAUCAGUGGGGGCUGUCGUGUCGCAGACCCAGAUAGUGACUGGCGCCUCCCAGCAUGCCAAACGCUGUUCGCACGGGGAGUCUGAAGGACCCCGAUAUCGCUGAGCUCUUCUUUAAAGAAGACCCCGAAAAGCUCUUCUCAGACUUGAGGGAGAUUGGUCAUGGCAGCUUUGGUGCUGUAUACUUUGCACGGGACGUGCGGACCUCAGAGGUGGUGGCCAUUAAGAAAAUGUCAUAUAGCGGGAAACAAUCCAAUGAGAAAUGGCAAGAUAUAAUAAAGGAGGUGAAAUUCCUUCAGAGGAUCAAGCACCCAAACAGUAUAGAGUAUAAAGGAUGCUACCUGCGAGAGCACACAGCAUGGCUGGUUAUGGAGUACUGUCUGGGGUCUGCUUCAGAUCUCCUUGAGGUGCACAAGAAACCUUUACAAGAGAUGGAGAUAGCAGCAAUUACACAUGGCACUUUGCUGGGGUUGGCGUACCUCCACUCCCACAACAUGAUUCACAGGGAUAUCAAGGCCGGGAACAUCCUGCUUACAGAGCCUGGACAGGUGAAGCUUGCAGACUUCGGUUCUGCUUCUAUCGCCUCUCCUGCUAAUUCUUUUGUGGGGACUCCUUAUUGGAUGGCUCCAGAGGUGAUCCUGGCUAUGGAUGAGGGUCAAUAUGAUGGGAAGGUUGACAUCUGGUCUCUAGGAAUAACCUGUAUUGAAUUAGCUGAAAGGAAACCUCCACUCUUCAACAUGAAUGCAAUGAGUGCCUUAUACCACAUCGCGCAGAACGAGAGCCCAAACCUGGAGUCCAGUGAAUGGACGGACUACUUCAGAAACUUUGUGGACUCAUGCUUACAGAAGUUGCCCCAGGACAGACCCAACUCUGAAGAGCUGCUGAAGCAUGCAUUUGUCCAGCGCGAGCGGCCGAAGUCAGUGCUUAUUGACCUGAUCCAGCGCACCAAAGAUGCGGUGAGAGAGCUGGACAACCUGCAGUACCGCAAGAUGAAAAAGAUCCUCUUCCAGGAGGCCCACAACGGUCCUGCGGCAGAGGUCCCAGAUGACGAGGAGGAGGUGGAGCACAGUGUUGGCCGGACAGGCACAGUGAACAGUGUGGGGAGUAAUCAGUCCAUCCCUAGUAUGUCCAUCAGUGCCAGCUCACAGAGCAGUUCCGUCAACAGUCUGCCUGAUGCCACUGACGACAACAAGAGUGAGGUGGAUCUUAUGGAGAAAGACCAAACCAUUAUACCUAACAGCUCUGUGAUUCAUGUCAAACCGGAGGAAGAGAGCUAUCCAGAAGACACAGAAGCUCAGAGACAGCCAUCAGAACCCCUGUCUCCCCCAGCACCGACACCGCGGCGUCAAUACAGGAACCGAGAGCACUUUGCCACCAUCCGCACAGCCUCCCUGGUUACUCGUCAGAUCCAGGAGCAUGAGCAGGACUCUGAGGUGCGAGAGCAGAUGUCUGGAUACAAACGUAUGCGCAGACAGCACCAGAAACACCUUCUGGCCCUGGAGAACAAACUGAAGGGUGAGAUGGAUGAGCACAGACUCAAACUGGACAAGGAACUGGAAAACCAGAGGAACAACUUUGCUGCUGAGAUGGACAAACUCAUCAAGAAGCACCAAGCCACCAUGGACAAAGAUGCCAAGACUUUUGCCAACGAUGAGAAGAAGUUCCUGCAGCACAUUCAGACCCAGCAGAAGAAGGAGCUAAACGGCUUCCUGGAGUCUCAGAAACGCGAGUACAAACUGCGCAAAGAGCAACUCAAAGAGGAGCUGAAUGAGAACCAGUCCACACCAAAGAAGGAGAAACAGGAGUGGUUGUCCAAGCAGAAGGAGAACUUCCAGCACUUCCAGGCGGAGGAGGAGGCCAACCUUCUUCGCCGGCAGAGACAGUACCUGGAGCUCGAGUGCCGAAGGUUCAAAAGGCGUAUCCUACUCAAACGUCACAAAGUGGAGCAAGAUCUUAUAAGAGAGGAGCUAAAGAAGCGUCAGACGCAGAAGGAUCUGGAGCAUGCCAUGCUGCUCCGACACCACGAGUCCAUGCAGGAGCUGGAGUUCAGACACCUGAGCAACAUCCAGAAGAUGCGUGCAGAGCAGAUCCGCCUGCAGCACCAGACCGAGCUCACCAACCAGCUGGAGUACAACAAGCGCAGGGAGAGGGAGCUCAGACGCAAACACGUCAUGGAGGUCCGACAGCAGCCCAAGAGCCUCAAGUCCAAAGAGCUACAAAUCAAGAAACAGUUCCAGGAUACAUGUAAGAUCCAGACCCGGCAGUACAAAGCCCUGCGGAACCACCUGCUGGAGAGCACGCCAAAACCCGACCACAAGACCAUGCUGAAGAGACUGAAGGAGGAACAAACGAGAAAACUAGCCAUCCUCGCCGAGCAGUACGACCACACCAUCAACAACAUGCUCUCCACACAGGCUUUGCGUCUGGAUGAGGCGCAGGAGGCCGAGUGUCAGGUGCUGAGGAUGCAGCUGCAGCAGGAGUUGGAGCUGUUGAAUGCGUAUCAGAGUAAGAUCAAGAUGCAGACGGACGCACAGCAGGAGCGAGAGAGGAAAGAGCUGGAGCAGAGAGUGUCCCUGAGGAGAGCCCUGCUGGAGACCAAGAUCGAGGAGGAGAUGUUGACCUUGCAGAAUGAACGCACAGAAAGGAUCCGCAGCUUGCUGGAACGUCAGGCCAGAGAGAUCGAGACCUUCGAUUCAGAGAGCAUGCGCUUGGGCUUCAGCAACAUGGUGUUGGCUAACAUCUCUCCUGAGGGCCUCAGCCACAGCUUCCCUGGGGCCCCGGCCAGUUGGAUCCCCCAUCAGCACCACUCGGAUAGCUCUCUGGGGACUCAAUGGGGCAGCAGCAGUGGUUCUGGAUCCAGUCACCACUACCACUCCAGCCAGGGAGGAUCACAGGCCCUGCAGGGCUGGGGUCAAGCCAUCCCAGGAGGUGGGCUUCCACCGUGGGGCCACUCCUCGGGCCCUCCAGGGGCCAUGCCAAAAAGCAGCGUGGGGUUGCCUAACAGCCCCCAGGUGCUUAGGAGGUCCACCUCUGGGGGGCCCACAGAGCAGGGCAUGAGUAGGAGCACCAGCAUCACAUCUCAGAUAUCUAAUGGUUCACACCUGUCUUAUACAUAGACACCAGUGCGUUUGUGCCAACCCUGCACACAGAAACAUAAACACACAGGGUAGGGGAACGCACUGGCCCAGACUCAAGACUGGCACAGAGAGCAGAGCUAACUGCACUUGUCUCUCUACUCCCACUCUUCCUUUUUUCUUCUCUCUAUAUCUCUCAUUUCCCCUUUUCUCUCUCAUUUCAGUCUCUUACUCGCAGAUAUGUAAACUAUAGUAAAUAUUGCUCAGGUCAAAAGGAAUUCUAACUUUGCAUGUAACUUGUUUGACAACCAUGCAGAGCUAGAGUCAAGAACAUUAGUCUGAUCAUUCAGAGCUCACUUGAAGAGUUUAGUGCUAAAAUUAUAGAUAUAAAUAUUAAAUAGAUGUUUACUUAGCUUUAGUCCACUUGAUAUGUGGAUUCAUAAACCAAACUGAUGGAGAAGUUGGCCACAAUUUUCACAUUAUCUGCAAAUAAAUGAAAUCCUAAAUGAUUAUGUAAGAAUGCAAGGGAUAUGGAUAUCUAGACGCAGUUACAAAAGCUCCUGAACAAUCAGCCUGCUGUCAUGCUCUAGGAAUAAAAAAUUGGGGUUUUAAAAAAAAGAAAUCAAGAUGACUUUUGUGAAGUAUAUGUAAUGUGGUCUGUGUUAAGAAGAGUCAGCCAAGUAAAUGUUUUAAAGUAUUUAAUUUGUCAGAUUUUAAAAUUGGAUGAUUCAGUUGCAGUGAGGAUCUCGAUGUUAGCCAACAUUUAAGCACUGGAUUCCCCCCGCCCCCCCGACUCAAAAUGCAUUUCAUUUUGGUGUGUUUAUAUAUAUAUAUAUAUAUAUAUAUAUAUAUAUAUAUAUAUAUAUAUAUAUAUAUAUAUAUAUAUACACACACACACACACAUACAUACUUGACCUUAUAGACCUUUUUGUCAUGUUUAUUUGGCCGUUAAACAUCAAUGGGGCUGUGUUGCCCAAGCAGUGUGUUUUAGCAGAGUGUAGGAUUUAAGGAACUGUGCUAGCAAGCACAGAUCUGUUCAUAUCUACAGCGUCCUUUGCUUUUUUUAGUCUAUACUUGAAUUAAGCAACAGGGUUAUGGCCAGGCAGUCUAUCUUUAGUCUCAUCCUUUGAUAUUCCCUUUAUUUUAUUAUAUAAGCUAGUUUUCAUUUGUGUUGUUCAUCCAGACACGAUACAAAGAAAAAGCAGUAUAUUUUCGAUUUCGUGAUUACUUCAGAUAAAAUAUGUAAGAGUCAUAUGUUUUAGGUAUGCAAUGCCACUAAAGAGCUAAAGGAUAUCAGAUGUGUGUUCAGUGCCUUCAAUGUGUUGAUUUGAAUAUUCAGUGUAGAUAUGCCAAGAUAUGUUUUAAUGUACCCGGAAAAAAAACACACUCCCAAAUUUGGAUUAAUCUAAUAAUAAUCCCGUCAUGACAGAAUGUAUCUGAUCGAAAACAAAGACUGGUGCAUCAUACUAGAACAAGGAGAGUGUGUGUUGGUUAAGUGUUAAGUGUGCGCUUGCCUCCUACAUGCAGUACAUGUAGUGUGUGACAGGCUUAUAUUUUCCCACAAUGUAAAACUAAACACUAAUACUAAUAAACUUUUGAGGUGCCUUUUAAUAUCUGCCAAGCAGAAGCACUUUAUGUAGAGUGACGUAUUUUGAGGAAUAUUUUUACAAACGUUUGGAACUAUGGAAAUGACUGAUGCAGGCAUAUUGUGUGUGAUGCUGCUUGGUGAGUGACUGGGAAUAUUUUUUGUUCAGGGUUCAGUCUAUUAAUGGAGAUCUAUAUGAUCACUGUAAAGAAGAGGUAACUAUGAAAGUGCAAACUUGUUUCAGGGUUUUUCAGUGAUUUUGGAUCGUAUCUUCAUGUUUUUUUUUUUCCCCCAAAGAAAAUCAAUGAAAAUGCAGAACCUGUUUGAAUGUACUUUGUCCCCCAUUAUGUUUGUGUCAUGUUUAUUUGGCACUUUGGGAAUGUUAAAACUGUAGGAUCAUAAAUGACUUCCUCUUUUUCUUAAGGUCAUGACAGCAGGCUUUGUUAUAUGAUUCAUAACAGGCUCUUGUGGAGCAGGCAAACACUCUUUAUUUGGUCUCAAGACCUCCACACUAACGGGUGUGUUCACUGUAUCGCACUCAUACACUACCAGUUGAAAUUUUGGACACCUCUAAUCAUUAUUUAUUAUUUCUAUUUUCCACAUAUUAGAAUAAUAGUGAAGUCAUCAAAACUAUGAAGUAUCAUAUGGAAAUGUGUGUGUGUGUGUGUGUGUGUUGGGGGGGGGGGGGGGUUGUCUUUUUUGUGAACAAAAUAUUUAACCAAUCAAAAUGUCAAAAAUCUUGUAUUUGAGCUUACUCAAAGUAGCUAUCCUUGCAAAAUCUGGGCAUUCUAUACAACUUCAAGAGGUAUCCACCUGAGAUGCUCUUAAAAUAGCCAAGUACCAAACUUUUUACUUGUAUAGUGUAGGUCUAUGAAGUACACUAGAUGUAUUUUAAUAAAUCAAUAGCUGCCCCAAAUAUAUAACAGCCAAAAUAUGUAACUAUUUUUUUUCCCUCAUUAGUUGGCUGGUAAAAGCAACUAAGAUGAUCAUGCACUUGAGUAGUUUCCUCUUAAACUGGCAGGAAAACCUUUGGUCUCUUUAUCCCUGCUAUCUGUCUGUCCUCUGUGCUGCCCAUACCACAGGUGUCGGUGCCCAGUAUUGUGAGGAAAUGAGCUGUGCUGACGAUGCCCCUGCCUGCCCUCUCUCUUUCCCUCAUCCUUGUGAAUUUUUAUUUGUAUUUUAACACUUCUGAUGUAGUAUUUUAACCUCACUUUUUCCCUUGUGCAAUCAUUGAAGACAAAUGUCUCCAGGCAGGACACAUCUCUCGCCCUCCUUUAUGUUCUACUAUGUCAAAAGAGCUUGUGUUACUGCUGACCUAAACCCUUAUUACCAAAUGGAUCCAGCUCUAAUGUGAAAGUCUAGAGUCGUCGUCUGGGGAGAGUGUUCAUAUUGUAUAUUUGAUCAAAAUAAAGAUUUAAAAUACAUGGAAAUUAACAAAAUUGAUGGCGGUUUUCCCUCCAUCUCUGCAUAUGGAGAAAAGUUUUAAAAGAAAACUGUUUCGAAACUAUUUACCUUUAGCUUUUCCAGGGAUGGUUCGUCCAAAAAAGAAAAUUCUGUCGUAAUUUUCUCAUUUUCGUGUUGUUUCAAACCCUCAUGACUUAUGUCAUUGCAUCUUUUUCUUUCCAUACAAUGAAAGUGAAUGGUGACUGAGGCCAACAUUUUGCCGAACAUCCCUUUUUUUUGGUUCCAAAGACAAAGAGAGUCAGACGUGUUUGGACGCAAGGGUGAAUAAAUGAUGAAGGAAUUUAACAAUACAAUGAAACUCACUCCAGGGUCUCGGAGUUGAACUUCAGGGAGUAGUGUGUGUUUACAUGUCACCUCUGCACACUUUGUUUUCCAUUUGUAUUUGAACAUUAGUCUCUUGAUCACAGGAAAGCUUCUGCACAUGCCAUUGUCCUCUGUAUUCUGAAAUGCCUUUAUUCUGAACCGUACAUUCAUGUGAAUGUCAGAAGGUGCAGUAUCAUCCAGUAUACCAUGACUUCAGUUUAAUGGCACAAAUGUGCAGAACAGAGCUGUUAAAGGAUAGUCAGAUUUUUAUAACAGUCCUCCCAUUGGUCUAUAUUUUGAUAUCAAGGUAUACCUUUUGUUUUUAACAAACGAUCAGUUUAGUCCAAUUAUUAUAUUUUUUUAAUCAGUUUCAUUUAUAAGAAUACAUUUUGGGUGGGGGCUGUUUGAAUUUGGAUGGCAUUAUUCAUAAUUGUGAUAACCGUUUAUUUGUCAUACCUGAUACUUGUCAUUUUAUUUUUAUCCUAGUUUUAAACUUUUGUCCUACUGACUGAAUUUAGCGGAUUUGUAAGUAAUACUGAUAUAUGAGAAAUACUAGUAUGAAAUGCAAACUUUUUUCUAAUGGAGGUUCAGCCUCUUGUCAAACACUGUGCCAUCCCACAGAUGCCAAGCCCGGUCACUACUGCAAAGUCUCCUCUCCAGAGAAACUAAUUGACGGGCUUUAAGAGAGAGAGGGUUAUUUUAAUUCUAAUGGGCCUGAAUGCUCCCAUCGCCAACACUACAAAAAAAAUGAAACAAGGAGUGAUAGAGAGGGGCUGGUCAAAGGGGAAGGGCUACAUUUCUGUAGAGAACAUCAGUAUUCAUUCGCUGUGUUCGAAAUUGCAUAAUAAACUGUAUGCCGUUUCCAACGCACACAUUGUCCUCUGGCUCAGCAUCACCACUAUGACUCAUAUGUAACCUGUAUCAAAAUGUAGAGAUUGUGUAUCAUGUUAUUGAAUGUCAAAAAAGAUUAUACAAAAAGUUUAAAAAUACAAAAUAAAUGGCUUGAAAUUGUACUGAAGUAUUCCUAAAUCAGAGAAAACAAGUCUAGGGAUAAAUUUACAAAUUAUUAUUAUUAUUAUUAUUAUUAUUCUGUUCUGUAAUUACUAUUGUGUUGAUGGAGGAACACUGGUCAGAGGAUCCGCUGUAAUAAAAUUAAAUUUAGUACAA